AUGCAGCCAGGCGCAAGGCUGGCGGCCCUAGAUUGGGACGAUUGGGGUGAAUUGAAAGGCAGUGAUCAGAGUCGUCUGGCUGUCGUGACUGGCGGUGGCAGAAACACCUCGGCUUGUGGCACCCCUGGAGAGAGCCAACCACCACCAGGACUUCUCCAUUAUCAAUUCACUCUGUUGUGCGAUCAUUCGUCGAUCGCGACAUCGCUCUGCACUCACGACCCCCCUUCCACAUGUGUUGAUGACUGCUGCCUCACUCACCCGCCUGUUCGAUUGCCUCUCCCUCAUCCGACGCUUGUGUCAAUUUCUCGAAUCACCCCUGUAUCGGGGCCAUCCGACAACUCGGAAGAAGAACAUCCACUGCCUCCACCACAGCACUACCCGUGCCUAAAUCCGUGUCACAGCAAAAAGCAUCUUCGGCAUGACUCGGCCCAAGGUGCCGCCAGAACAAAGGCAGCGCACCGCCCAAGCGUGCGAGAGCUGCAAGCGGCGCAAGCAGAAGGCGAGUUGACGAAUGCGGAUGUGAUAUCAAUGGCCUUGUUCCGGGUCAUGGUGCCGGAUAUUUCUGAACAUUCAACAUCGUUCAAUUCAAUCUGCCUGCAUUCACAUCUCAACUCCGUGUUGGCUUCUUGCCUGAUUGGCAUUCGAUUCCCUACCCCUGAGAUUUCCUAA